GGCCUAAUAAUUUUGAACGUUCCUUAAAUUGAAUUCUAAACACCUCUCUCUCUCUCUCUCUCUCUCUGUUGAAAGCUUGAAACUUUCGCCAAUGAAGCAAACCAACCAAGAAACCAUUACGACCGCCGUCGAGCUCCGCUUUUUUUGAUGACGAAACCGCCAAUAUUCUCCGUCUCCAUCGCAGUUUCCGUCUUAUUCGCGGUUAUCUUUAAGUUCAUUUCAGUAUUGCCGGCCCAUGCUUUGGGUUCCGGCUCUACCGUCGCCGUCAGCUAUGGCUCCGGCACCGUCUGCGCCAUCGUGGCCGAAGAAUCCACCCAGCGCAUCGCCUGCCAGGACUUACGUGGUACGAUCAGAUUCGUUGAACCCAACGUCUCCUUUUCCUCCAUCGCCGCCGGUAAUAACGUCCUCUGCGGUCUCCGCUCUGGAGGUUUUAGUCUGCUUUGUUGGGAUGACAUCCGAAAUUCCAAUUUUACCCCCAAGAGAUUAUACAACAACGAAACCGUUUUGCUAGAGAACCUCUCCGUCGGCGAUGACCAGAUUUGCGCCACCGUGAUCGGCACCGGCGAUGUCAGGUGCUGGAGAGGUGAUAACGUCACCCAUCAGCCACCGGUCGCGACAUUCUCGUCGAUAUCAUCUGGUUUCGGUUUUUCCUGUGGGAUUUUAUUGGGAGGUAACCGAAUUCAGUGCUGGGGUAGUAACCCGGUGGCGGGUCGGAUCCAAUCCGAAUUUGGUAACAUGACGAUGGCGACAAUUGUUGCUGGUGGGUCACAUGUUUGUGGGCUGAAUUCAACUGGGUAUCUUGUUUGUAAAGGGAAUAAUGAAUCUGGGCAACUGAACAUUCCGUCGAGCUCGGCUAUGGAGUUUGAUGGAUUGGCUCUAAGUGCUAAUGCUACCUGCGCGAUACGUAGAUGGAACCAGUCAGUGAUUUGUUGGGGAGCGGAUACAAUCCUUGUCGGCCGUGAAAGAACAGAGGAGGUUCAUUUUGAAUCAAUCGUUUCUGGUUCGAAUUUCACUUGUGGGUUGACGACAGCAAAUCUGUCGAUAAUUUGUUGGGGUUCAUGGACGACAAAUGGGUCAAUUUCAGGGACAGGGCUUCUUCUUCCUAAGAUUCUACCAGGCCCAUGUGUACAAUCUUCCUGUAAUUGUGGUGUAUAUCCUGAUUCUGAAACCCUUUGUUCCGGUUCUGGUACUAUCUGUAAACCUUGUUUGAAUCAAUCAUGGAUAUCACCAUCACCACCAUCAGCAGACCCAGUAGCUCCAUCUCCCUCAAUUUCAUCUCCUCCUCCUCCUUCCAAUGAACUAACAAGAGGGUUACUAGCAUUCGCCAUUAUCGGAUCAGUCGGAGCUUUUGCAGGUCUCUGCACCGUAGGAUACUGUUUAUGGACCGGGGUCUGUUUCGGGAAGAAGAAAGUGCACAACUCAGUUCAACCCACAAUCGGCAGAGCAGGUUCCAAUGGCGGCAAUCCAUCAUCAAGUAAUAGCCCACCAUCCCGUUCCUCCACAAUACGGCGGCAAGGCUCACGAGUCCUGACAAUGAGACGACAAAGGAGUGGAACCUCAUCGACAAAACACGCAGAUAAAGCAGAGGAGUUUUCCCUCGCCGAGCUCGCCGCUGCCACAAACAAUUUCUCCAAAGAAAACAAGAUCGGCGCCGGCAGCUUCGGGAUUGUCUAUAAAGGAAAACUACCAGACGGGCGUGAAGUAGCAAUCAAGAGAGGCGAAACCGGAUCAAAAACCAAGAAAUUUCAAGAAAAAGAAACCGCGUUUGAUUCAGAACUCGCUUUCUUAUCCAGACUCCAUCACAAACACCUGGUGCGCCUUGUUGGGUACUGCGAAGAACACGAAGAGCGGCUCCUGGUUUACGAGUACAUGAAAAAUGGCGCUUUAUACGACCAUUUACAUGAUAGAAACAAUGUAGAGAAAUCCAACAGCGUGUUGAAUUCAUGGAAAAUAAGAAUCAAAAUUGCCUUAGACGCGGCCAGAGGCAUUGAGUAUCUCCACAAUUAUGCAGUUCCUCCGAUAAUCCACAGAGACAUUAAGUCCUCCAACAUUCUCCUCGAUGUUACAUGGACGGCAAGAGUCUCGGAUUUCGGGUUAUCGCUGAUGGGUCCGGAGUUUGAUCGCGAAUGCAGGCCAAUGAAGGCGGCCGGGACAGUUGGGUACAUUGAUCCGGAGUACUACGGUCUUAAUGUGUUGACAGCAAAGAGUGAUGUGUAUGGGCUUGGCGUGGUGUUGCUGGAGCUUUUGACGGGGAAGAGAGCUAUUUUUAAGGGUAGCGACGAGAGUGGAACUCCAGUGAGUGUGGUAGAUUUUGCAGUGCCGCCGAUCAUGGCCGGGGAUUUGGAAAAGAUUUUGGAUACGAGAGUUGGGACGCCAGGGAUCAGUGAAGCAGAAGCAGUGGAGCUGGUGGCUUAUACUGCUAUGCAUUGCGUAAAUUUGGAAGGGAAAGAUAGGCCUACUAUUUCAGACAUUGUUGCCAAUUUGGAAAGAGCAUUGGCACUUUGUGAUGACAGCCAUGGCAGCAUCUCUAGUGGCACAAUCUCCGUGAUCUCAGAGUGAAAUUGCACCCCGAUAAAUAUCUAUCCGGCGCCCGGUUUCGAGUCCAAUCCAAUCCAAUUCGUAAACAUGUCAUGAUAAUUUUUUUUGCUGUUAGAUUCGUUAGAAAUAUGUUUCGAGAUAACGAAUCUAAUGAUUGGGGAAAUUACAGUUUCGAAAUCUUGUUUUAACGGAUUGAACUUUCGAAUCUCGAAAGUAAAGAGGGAAUUACAUAAUUUCGGGUUGAAUUUUAUUUUUAUUUUUUUGGGGGAGAAGAGAAUGAUUUAGAUGGGAAUGUAAAGAAUUUAGGUGUUUUAAUGAUUUAACAUUGAGCUGUCAAGUGUA